AUGCAUUUCAUCAAAACAGUCGUUCUUGGCAUGUCCAUCGCCUCUGUCAACGCAGCUGCGUUGCCUGCAGGUGACUCUAAUGGAUUUGGCUGCAAGGUCUUUGGUGGUGAAGGCUGUGAAGCUCAGGGAGCCUUUUAUGCCGAUACACUAAGACGUUUCCUUAAGAGGAAGUCCAGCACAACUACUUCCGUUCAGAAGCCUGCUGCUGCCAAGACAACAGCGAAGGCUGCUUCUACAACAGUAAAGACUACUUCCACGACCAAGCCAGCGGCUGGUAAGACAACCUCUACCACCCAGCCUGCUGCCAACAAGCCCACAACCACUUCCAAGUCCACCAGCACUAGCAAGCCUGCUGCCGGCAAGACUACCUCCACUACCAAGACAACGUCUACUGCAUCUACUGGCAAGACUAUCUCUACUACAUCUACUGGCAAGACUAUCUCUACUACAUCUACUGGCAAGACUACCUCCACUGGAAAGUUAACAACCUCAAACAUCCCCAUCUCCCCUGCUAAGCCUGGUACUACCACUACUACCAAGUCUACUUCUACUACCUCUACCACCUCUACUGCUAAGGCGGUCACGACUACGGCCAUCCCUAUUUCCCCUGCCAAGGGAAGUACAAGUACCACAAGUACAAAGCCUACAACCACUAUUAUCACUACCACGAAGCCUACUACCACCUCUCCUUCUACCACAGCAAAGGUACCUACUACCUCUUCCACAUCUACCACGUCCACAACAAGCACCCCCACCAAGGCUGGCACUACCACAACCUCAACCACGACUACUUCCAAGCCUACGUCUACUACCACCACCUCGUCUAGCACAACCUCGACCACGACUACUUCCAAGCCUCCAUCCACGACCACCAAUUCAUCCAGCACAACCUUGGUUACUUCCACCAAGACUUCUCAGUCUGAGGGUUCCUCUACUUCUGUCGAGGUUGAUGAGAAGACCACCACUUCUGUCAACCCUGCUGUAGAGCCCACAAUAAACCCCAAGGGUGAUGAUGAUGAUGGGAAGACUACCUCUUCUGCCAAUGUAGAUGAUGAGAAGAUAACUUCAGUCAAGCCAGUUGAUGAGCCUACUGUCCCUUUCAAGGUUGAUGGUGAGGGUACCGCCACCACUGCAAACCCCGCCUCAGAUCCCACUACAAACCCCAAGGGUGAUGAUGAUGAUGAUGGCGAUGUGCCCACUAUCCCUUCCCAGGGUAGCGAUGACGAGUCGUCUUCAGUCAAGCCAGUUGAUGAGCCCACAACACCUCCCAAGGAUGAUGAGAAGACUGAUGCUUCUAAGACUGAGGGUCCUACUUCUGCUACCAAGGUCGAUGAUGAGGACUCAACUUCAGUCAAGCCUAUUGACGAGCCCACAACACCUCCCAAGGAUGAUGAGAACAUAACCUCUGGCAAGCCCACCGGCGAGACCACCGCAACUGAGGUUGACGAAGACGAAUCGACUACAGUCAAGCCAGUUGAUGAGCCCACAACACACCCCAAGGCUGAUGAAGACACAACUUCUGACAAGCCUACUGGUGAGACUACCGCAACUGACUUUGAGGAGCCCAACACCAAGGUAGCUUCGGAUGAGUCUACACCCACAUCGGACGCUGCUGAUGAUGAUGAGACCAACACUUCCAUCACCAAUGAGGAACCUACCAAGGUUUCUUCUGCUGAGGUUGAUCUUACUUCCGUUACUUCUGAUGAUGGAGACGAGCCUACUAACACUGAUGAAGAGCAUCCUACUGAUACCAUUGCCACCUCUCCAGCUGACGAUGGGGAGUCUACCACUAAGGCAGUUGACCCUGAGGAGACGUUUUCUGACAAGCCCACCGGGGAGACCACUGCAACAGAGGUGUUCGAGGACCCCAACACCAAGGUAGUAUCGGUCGAGCCUACUGCCACUUCAGAUGCCGCUGAUGGAGAGUCCACCACGACCGAGGUUGCUGAGGAGUCUGUCAAGGAUACCACCGUUGCUUCUGACCUAGAGCCCACCGUCACAGACGAGGAGCCUUCCACUGAGCCUACUAUCACCAAGGCCGCAGCUGAUCCUGCUGGGGAGACCACUGCUAUUGCUGAAGAGCCAGACUCUGAUCCUACUACCACUGCUAAGGCUGCUGAUCCUGUUGAAGAUCCUGCUGCUGGCGAACCUUCAUCUGAGCCUACCAAGCCUGCCGAUGAGGAACCUACUGCUCCUUCUGAUAACGAGACCUCUGCCACAGCUGAGGAGCCUGCCAGCGACCCUACUACUGCUUCUGAUGUUGAGGAGCCCACUUAUAUUCCCACAACUCUGGUGACAAUGGUGAAGCCUACUACCUCAGUUGCUGAGGAGCACAGUGCUGAAGAACCUGCAUCUGAGCCUACCGAACCUGUUGCCUCUGAGCCCACUACCACUAAGGCUGCUGAUCCUGUCGAGGAGUCUACUAAGCCCGCUGCCGAGGAACCUACCGCUACUGCUGCUGCUUCCGAGCCUACCAAGCCCGCUGAUGAAGAGCCUGCAUCUGAGCCCACGACUCCGGCCAACUCUGACGGCUCGUCUGGUUCAUCAGGCUCUGGUUCAUCCAGCUCAAGCGAUGAACCAUCUGGCUCUGGUUCUUCAUCUGGUUCAUCUGGCUCAUCUGACGAGCCAUCCGGCGGAAGCCCUUAA